AGACCGCAGACAUGACGGCUCUCAGAGAGAAAAACAUAUGAUAGGUUAUAGCAAGAGCGAUCUUUCUUCUAAGUUAAAUAUUCCGCGCGUUGUUAUCUCUGAGAACUAUCUUUUUUCUGUGUAGCUGUAUUCCAACGCGGCUCUUCGGCACAUUCGCGUGCACUCUCUUCAGUUACACUUCUACGUAACGAAGGUGUGACGAAAUACUCAAAAGAAUCGUCGCUACCCAUGUGCGAUUGCGAAUCUAAAGGGUUGAAUGAUUUUGACCAGUUUUUCGCUAAGGUAUGCAAAGUUCAUUCAGCUACAGGGGAAGAAAUGUAAGCUUUCAACAUCCUAAAAUCGAAGAUUCUUCCGAAGAAGAUCCGAUGGUGUUAGGAAUGAAUAGUGAAAGUUAUCAGACGAACGGCCACGACGGUGAUAACUACGAAUUGAAUUCGAGGGAAGGAUCAUCGUCGAGCGGAAUGUCAAAAAAAUCUUUACCAGCGAAUGGUAAAAAAACGAAAGGACGGGUCAAAAUCAAAAUGGAAUUUAUCGAUAACAAAUUACGCCGAUACACGACCUUCAGCAAGAGAAAGACUGGAAUAAUGAAAAAGGCUUAUGAACUGUCUACACUAACUGGUACACAGGUUAUGCUUUUGGUUGCAAGUGAAACGGGUCAUGUAUAUACAUUUGCCACACGUAAACUUCAACCAAUGAUAACCAGUGAAGCCGGUAAAGCUCUCAUUCAAACUUGUCUGAACUCUCCUGAUUUACCACCUGGGCCUGGUGCCUCGGUACAUGACCAAAGAAUGAGUGCUACUGGCUUUGAGGAAACAGAUCUCACUUAUAGUGUUGCAGAUGAUUGCGAGAAGAUGCCCGACAGCCCAGAGAACGUCGUGUAUACGUCUGAGCUGUCCCCUUCCUCUAUGACCUCUGCAACCACCUUACUGACGCCUUCUCUCGUGUCUUUUGCAUCUACCUUGCCCACCACGUCCACCACUCAGAGGGUGGUGGGGGGCAAACCAUCUUUCACCACAUCCAGUUCCUCCGUCACAUCACCAUCCAACCUAGCGCAAUCCAGCUCAUCAGUCCCUAGUGCUGGCUUCACUACCAUACUUACGGCAGGUGGUACAAAAAAUCAAACAGCAUCUGAUUCUUCAUCUAGUCAAAACUCCAUAUCACUCGUACAAUCAUCAUCAGCAAACUUAUCUGUUGUAUCAGGGAGUGUAGUUCUUCCUCCAACCAUUCUGCAAACUAACAACAGUGCUGUUCUGUAUCAUACAGGUCAAGGGUUAGUGUAUGCUACACCAGCCAGUUUGCAGGAAGGAGGUGUUGUGCUGAAUCUGGGACAGGAACAAAAUGGUCCUCAACAACAGUUCAUCACUAUACCAGUCUCACUUUCAUUAACUCCUGCCCAACAGCAACUUGUUCAAGGAGUUUCAAGCCAAAGCUCAACUUUCACUAGUGCCAGCAGUAGUCGCCGAGAAAAGACUCGAAAAUAGUUUUUGCUUUUUUUUAAAGAAAAACUUUUAUAAUAAGCACAUACAUUAAAGUGCCUUCUGAAUCUCCAGCUAUUGGAUUGAAUUUUGUGACACAAUUCUGUCUAUUUAUGGCCUUAUAUAUCCAUUGUUGGCAAUUAUAGAAAAUUUUAUCAUCACUUGAUUGAAAAUAAUCAAAUUAUGACUAUCAAAAGAAUUCUGGAUUAAAACUACGACUGUUGAAAAUGGAAGAUAUAAUAAAUCAGGGUCAAUUGAUAUUGUAAAAGCUAUAUUCAUGCAAAUCUUUUAACUUUAAAGAGUUAUUAACUGUGAUAGUAAAUGCUAUUACAUUUUCAAAAAAAAAUCUUUAUAAUUUUUGAUAUUGUAUUGAAGUUUUGACUGAUUUAUGAUUUUAUAAAUAUGCCACUGAUGUCCAAA